CGUUUGUAGGGUUUGUUGGAGCUUCCGGUCUCUGGCGUCACACAUGUAGCUCAACAUGGCCCCCUCCAGCCGGGCUGUUGUUGUGGUCUCCCUGCUCUACCUGAGCCGGGCUAUCCUCUCCUCCGAGUAUUUCUCCACGCUGACUCUGUUCAACAACGAGCUCCACAAGCAGGGAUGCAGCUCCCUGUCCGAGUGGGAAGAGUACGCGGCGGACUGCGAGUCCUCCAUCUUGCAGCUGGAUGACCCCGACUGUGAGGAGGGCAGCAAUCCACCCUGCGAGUCGGUGUUCUCACUUAAUGCAGAGAAGAUCCUGAAUCAGGCCAAGUUGUUUAUAGAGCAGAAAAAAAUCCCCUUCCCCGUAGAUAACCUCAACAUAAACGAAGAACUCGCUAUAGGUUACGUCCUGAUAGCGAACGGUCUUUACGAUGAAGCCAUCAAACACUUCUCACUGUUAUUACAGAGUGACCCAGAGCUGGUCAGCGCCAUCUAUGGGAGAGGGAUCGCUUACGGGAAGAAAAGUUUACAGGACAUAAAGAAUGCUGACUUGGCGUUGUUCGAGCUCAACAGAGUCAUCACCCUGGAGCCAAACUGGCCGGAGGUCUACGAGCAGAGAGCGGAGAUCCUGUCUCCUCUGGGUCGUAUCAGUGAGGCUCUGGCUGAUCUUACCAAAGCCAUCCAGCUGCAGCCCUCAGCUCGUCUCUACAGGCACCGAGGGACGCUGCUCUUCAUAUCAGAGGACUAUGUGGCAGCGAUGGAGGACUUCCAGCAGUCUUUAGAGCUGAAGAAGAACCAGCCCAUCGCCAUGUUGUAUAAAGGCCUCACCUUCUUCCACAGAGGGAUGCUCAAAGAAGCCAUUGAGACGUUCAAAGAGGCUCUGAAGUUGAAGUCAGACUUCAUAGAUGCGUAUAAAAGCCUCGGGCAGGCCUACAGAGAGCUGGGUGAUUUUGAGUCAGCGAUGGAGAGCUUCCAGAAAGCCCUCAUGCUGAACCAGAACCACAUCCAGUCCCUCCAGCUCCGAGGCAUGAUGCUGUACCACCACGGCUCCCUGCAGGAGGCCAUAGGCAACUUCAAGAGGUGCCUCCAGUUGGAGCCGUACAACGAGGUGUGUCAGUACAUGAAGGGGUUAAGCCACGUGGCGAUGGGUCAGUUCUAUGAGGGGAUCAAAGCUCAGACUAAAGUCAUGUUGAACGACCCGCUGCUGGGACAGAAAGCCAGCUCGGAAUACCUCAAAGUGAAAUACCUCAGAGAGUACUCUCGCUACCUCCACUCCCACCUAGACAUCCCGGUAGCAGAGUACAACGUGGACCAGGACUUACCGGGGAACUUUAAAAACCACUGGGCCAAAAACCUGCCGUUUCUUAUAGAGGACUACGAAGAACAGCCGGGCCUGCAGCCACAUAUCAAAGACGUGCUGCCGCAGAACUUUGAAAGCUACAGCAAUGAAGUCCAGAAGUUAAUAUGCACAGCUGACCACCUGGGGGCGCUAAUGCAAUACGACACUCCUGGUUUCCUACCAAACAGAAGGAUACACAGAGCCAUGGGUAUGGCCACCUUGGAGGUGAUGCAGGCGAUGCACAGAACAUGGAGCAACUCCAAAGUGCGAGUCAACGGCAAGACCAGACAAAUGCAGUGGAGAGACAUGUUUGAUAUAGCAGUCAAAUGGAGAAGGAUUGCAGAUCCAGACCAGCCCGUCCUGUGGUUAGACCAGAUGCCCGCUAGAAGUCUCAGUCGAGGCUUCAACAACCACAUCAAUCUCAUCAGGGGGCAGAUUAUCAACAUCAGAUACCUGGCCUACUUUGACAACAUCCUCGACUUCAUCAAAGACAGAAUCCUGGUGUAUCACGGUAAGACGAGUCUGCGUUACAUAAGAGCCGGUCAUCAGCUGGUGGAUUUUGAAGCCAUGACCACGCCCAGUCCGGACAGCUUCAGUAAAACAGCAAAAAGUUGGAUGAAUCUGAAAAGUUUGCCGAGUUGGUAUCAGAAUCUUCCGUCUGUAGCAGAAACCUUCCCGUCUUCAAGAACAAUGAUAGAGGUUCUCAACACAGACUCGUCUUCACACUGUCCGAAGAAGUCCUAACACGGCGUCUACGCGGGAGAGACGUCUGUCUUAUGAAAGUCUUAAUAAUGGAGCUUCUACACUGGGCUGAACAAAGGGACCGUCUUCUUCUGCAACCCAAACAAAACAGGACAGAGUUCUCUAAUAGCGCCUGUAGCUUUAACAACAAAUGAGUGAAUUCUUGCAAAUCAGGAGAGCAGGUGGAUAAAAUUGAGGUGAUAAAAAUGCAGUUUGGUAAUAUUGAUUCAAAGACACUUUACUUCUUUAAAUUUAGUUUGCAAAAGCUUAACAAUGACCUUAUUUUGGCGUCAAAUCAGCUCCUAAAAUCCUGCUCUUUUCUCUGUCAUCCUGAAAUACUCCCAAACACGUCUCCAAUCUUGAUGCCCAAAAUUGUCCCAAAACUUUAAUAUUUGGCUUUACAACUAGUGCUUAAACUAUUAUUAAAAACAAACACCUUUAAAUUAGGACUAGGACAGAACAAGAAAUGCAACAGUAACUUAAAAUGUGCUUGUGUAAACAUGUUAGGGCCUGUUUCCACCAGCAGCAUUUUUUUGCACUGGCAGCGUCUAUUUUCUAAAUGCACUCAGCAUCGUAAGCACAAAAACACAUCGAACAUCAGCUGUUUUUUGUCACUGCUUUGAAAAAACUUUGUAACAACAGUUCAAUUGAGGAAAACUGCCAAUGCAAAAAAUGCUGCUAAUGGAGACAGGCCCUUAAUUUGAACUCUGCAAACGAACUUUGCCAUUAUUUUAAUAUAUUUUUGAAACAUUUGACCUCAGAUGUAUUUUAUUUGCUGCAGAUGCAAACUGAAACCUGUGCAACAUGUGGUUUAACAUUUGGACUAUUUCUAUAUCUGCAGUUAGACCCAUUGCUUCCACACUUCCAGCUGUUUGGGGACGAUAACAGAGAACUUCAGUGUCAGAGUUUGGGAUGCAGAAGUGAUUCUGUCAACCUUUUCUUCUUCUCUGCUUUUUAGGGCCUCACACUGAAAACACCCGAAGCACAAAGUCCAUGUCAUGAGUCAUCUCAACUAUCCUACAUGGUUUUAUCAUGGUUACAUCUAGAUUCAGAUUACUUUGAAGGGUUAAAGUUUAACACACAUUUACACACACAAACACACAGUCCAGCUAAUCAGCAGAGAAGAAGUCCUGGGAUUUUAAAAGAAACAAAAACCUUUCAGGGCUAUUGAAUUCCACUUCUUGGGAUACUUGAAGCAGUCUCUUUUCUUUCUGUCUUUCCUCAGAGGAUGACAAACAGUCUCCUCUCUUAUCGGGUAUCGAACUCCUGCUUUUCUUUUAACAUGACCAAUAAAAAGUUGGCUUUAAGGCGGGUUGGCUGCAGAACUGAGACCAGAGAGACAGUCAAGAGAUUUUAGAGGAUUUCCAGAGACACACUUAGGACUUUAUUUUGGGGAGAAAGUUAAAUUAUAAACUCAUAAACUCAAAAGCUCAAACAGGGGAGGCAAUGAUUAUUUGUGUGACUUGUGAAGCAAGGAAAAAAACAUUUUCUAAAUACAGAUUUAGUGAAGAUUUUUGAUUUUCUGAUUGACCGUUUUGAAGACAGAAAACUUUCUUUUUCCCUGUUUUUAGUUGUUUUAAAACUCAUUGUAGCCUUUAUCUAUGAUCCACACUUUAAUGCAACAAGGAGACAUAAAAAAUGAUAAGAUAAUCAGAUGUCUUUCUUUGUUGUUGAUGACAAUAAUACAAAAAAAAUGAUCACAAAUUACAAAAAGAUCAGAUAAUCAAUGCAAAUCCAUUAAUAUUCGAAAACGAGGAGUAAAAUAUUUUUGGGAAAGAUAAUUUAUUAAAAGUAUUAUAUUUAGUAUUUCCCUAUAGAAUUGGUUAAGAGGAAUUAGUCCAUAAAAUUAGAUUAAAUUCCAUAAAUUUUCUAAUUUUCAUACAUUCACUACAUUUGGUUUUCCUUUUGAUUUGUGAUGAAAAUAAUGAAGAAAUUUCAGUCUUUUAGGUAUGAACUGCAUCAGAAGGUGUAUUCAGUUAAAAAUUUCAUUUUAAAAUGAUUAAAUUGGUUCAUUACACCCGGUUAUUUUAAAAUAGUAUGUUUAAAAAUAAAAACAAAAUCAAUUUAAGGUACUUUUGUUAUAUAACAAGUAAAAAGUCAAAGCCAAGUCGUCCUGAAUAUCCUCUAGUAUCUCCGACUGUCUGGAUUUAUCACAGGUGAGGGAACAAGCACACCACUUACUUUGUUUUCUUUGACAUCAUUCCUUUUAGCUUGUAUUUUCUUAAAGUUUAUCAUGGAUUAAAAAAUGCCUGUAUGAGCCAUCCUUUAAGACAUCUCAGACCAAGAAAAGAGCUCACAUCCUUCACCUCAAACACAAAGUACUGUUGAUUCUGGGACACAAGUAGUGCGGUUACCAUGAACAGAUAUUCACCAAAAGCCUGGUGAGAAAAUAAAAAGUACUAUGAGGAAAUCCUCAGGCAAAUUGAAUAUGUUACCAGCCAUAUCAGAUAUUUUUGGAUUAUCCUUGCUCAGUAGAGAUUAAAUUUAGCAGUGAUGGAAGCUGACCAGUCGUUUGAUUAUCCUAAUCCAGAUGAUGUUUACAUGCAGCCGCCUCAUGAAAAAGUGCUGCCUAAGAUGCUGGUUUAGGCACAAGGAGCAGAAGCGAACAAGCUCUGAGGGUGAAGGGAUCACAAAGUAUUCAGUCUUAUGAACAAUAUUCAGCAACAUUUAUAAAAGGUUAAGGUUCUUUAUUCUCAAGAGUCAUCCCUGAAAGUCUCAUUGAAUAUCAGGUGUCGUAGUUUUUUAUUUACUUGAAUCAUUUCCACAAAGACAGAACAAAAGGGUUUCUUUAAAUGCAUAUCUCAUGUUUUUCUUUUCUUCCUGUGUUGCUGCAGUUUCCUUUCACUUCAUGUCUCUUGUUUUCUCUCAUAUCAAUGAUUGUGCUGACUGGUUGUAAUUUUCUUUAUUGCACUGGGUGAUCCAGUCAUCCAGUCGUCCACUCAUUAAGUGCUUUGUUGGGCUGUAGAAGAAGAAGAAGAAAAAGAAAUGCACAACCUAUCUUAAAGCUUAAAACUUGAAGGAGGGAAUGUUUUAUUGGAUGAGUGAAUGUUCAUCAGUCAAUAAAACUGGUUGACAAUUUUAAA